AUGAUAUUCGGUCAAGGGUUGGCAGGCCCAAUGAAGGUUCAUCCUGGAGGUGCCCAAGAUAUCGUCGUUGAUGAGUUAAAUGGUCUUAACGGCACAUUUAUUGGCAGCAGUGAUGGGAAUGGCACAGCUUCAAAACCUACAUCUGGUGCUCAGCUUCCUCUAGCCAUCGUGAACAAUCUCGCCGGUGCUAGUGACAAUCAGAUAAAUGUAUAUGUCACUGGCCGCGACAGCAGCAACAAUGUUGUCAUGCUCGCAUCUGAUGGUUCAUUCUACUAUCCUCCUCCUGGGACAUCGAAUGAACCAUCCCCCAUUUCAGCUAAUGUUGCCAUUCCUCUUGGGGCACAAGGAAGCACCACCAAUCUGACUCUACCGGAUUACAUUUCUUCUGGACGCAUAUAUUUGGCCGUUGGCAAUCUUCAAUUUUUCGUUAUGAACGAUCCUAAUAGCGGCACGGUGCUAGUUGAACCGUCGGCCGUCAAUGCUGUUGAUCCUAACUCGGGAGUGAACUGGGGCUUCGUCGAACUGACUUACACAGCAGAUGGAGGUCUCUACGCCAAUAUCAGCUACGUCGAUUUUGUUGGGUUGAUCCUAGGCAUGUCACUGGUCACUACUAACGGAUCCGUACAAGCCGCCCUGGGUCUCCAGCCGGAUGCUGUGUCCACCAUCUGUACCAAGCUUGUAUCGCAAAGCUCAGCCGAUGCAUAUCCUUGGGGUAAUCUGUGUAUGGGUGAUAACAGCUCCAACUAUCUUCGCGUGAUGUCUCCAUACCAAUACAUCCAGAACGGCAACUCUGAUGCCUUCUCAGACUACUUCACCAGCUAUAUAGACACGGUUUAUUCCACUUACAGUGGAAGUAACACAGGCUCCAGUGGAGGCAAUGGUUCAAUCAUUAUCGACACGCAGAGCUCACCAGGCAAUGUCUCCUGUUCAUCCAGUGGCGAUUCUCUGACCUGUGAUGGUGAUAACCGUGACUAUCCUAAACCAUCAGCAGGAGAUAUCUUUGGUUGCAAUACUGGUCCUUUUGCUAUUCAAACGAGCGAUAAUCCAACUCAUGACGCCGUGGUGCCUCGCCUUUGUGCUGCUUUUAAUCGAGGUACAUUCUUGAUUCCCGGUGGCAACUUCCAGCCUGGCCCCCCUGCUACUUCAUACUACACUACAUCGCCCUCCAAUUACUACAGCAAGUUUGUCCAUGAAAACGAGGUCGAUGGCAAAGGUUAUGCCUUUGCAUAUGACGACGUCAAUCCAGCCGGUGAGAACGAGUCUGGAGUGGUCUCAGCGAGUAACCCACAGACGUUAACUAUCACUGUUGGUGGCGCUUCUACCUGA